AUGGCGGGGCCCUGCUGGGAGAGGCUGCGGACAUGCCUGUGGUUCUGGCGUGGGUCAGUGGCUGUGUGGGGACUGCGCCACAGUACCCGGGCUGGGUCAGAGGAUGGCCCCAAGGAGGGUGGGAGAAGGCAGCGCUGGGGAAAGAAUGGGGUGGGGUCAGUGCACGGGGCCCCAGCACAGUGGCUGGGAAGCUGGCUUAGUGCAAACAUUGUACCCACCUCCUGUCCCCGGCCAGAGACUCUGGGUAAGAGGGAGGACCCCUGGGGCCUGGGCAGAGUCCCAUCACCCGCCCUCGCCAGCCCCCACCAGCCAGCUGUGUCUGGGGUUGGCUCCCCUGGGCACCCAGCCUCUCCCCAGGUCAGGCCUGGGCACUCCCACAGCACCUUUGCUUUUUCAGGAUCCCCUUGGCUGAAAGUCCAGGUGCUGGCUGCCUGGCCACAGGCGGCCUGUUUGGUUGCCUUUGGGGAACAGUGCAGAACCCUGGCGCAGCUCUACUGGCUCCCUCCCCAGCAGGUGAGAGGCCGGAGGGCACCUCCCCACAGCAGCGGGGCUGCACCUCCACGCAGGCACUGCACUGCAGGCAGCCUGCACUGCGCAGGAGAGAGCUUCCAGAGCCAGGCAGGGGCUGGCAAAGAGUCGGGUGCCAUCUUGGGGGCUGUUAUGACAGGCAUGGGGACUGGAAAGGGGUCAGGCCCAGUGGGCCAGGGGUUCCUGCAGUGGGAGUAG